AUGGAAUCUCUACAACCAUAUCGGGACUCAAGCUCAGAACGGAGAAUAAUGUCUCACCGGAGGACGGAUAGCUGGGACAGCGAAGCUACUAUCAGCGGGGACUCUGACCCUCUCAUUCAGAAAAGCGGCGAUAGUUUUGUCCUGGAGCACACUUGUGAUGAAGAUUACACAGUUUUCGGAUCGUGCAAGCGGAGGAGAACAUGGAUAUUUCUAGGGCUCUUGUGCUUGUUCAGCCUGAGCGCCAUGCUUUUGGUAUUGGACAUCGCCAUCCGACUGGGCUGGGCUGCGUGGCUCCAGGAGGACGAUUUGGAGGAAGAGUUAUUUUGCAAAUGGGGAGAGGCAGGCACUGGGACAGAAGGCUUGUCUUGGUAUCCAACCAACUUCCUACAAGAUGUGGUACCAAAACGGAUACACUCACACAACGACUACUGGCGCAAAGUACCUCUCUUCACGGCCCUCAACCAAGGCUGCAUGAGCGUGGAGGCCGAUGUGUGGCUGUUCGACGACCCGGCUCGCAACGACCACCUCUACGUUGGUCACAGCAGGGCGGCCCUGCAACCGAACCGAACCUUCGAGUCACUCUACAUCCAGCCCUUGGUCGACAUACUCGAGCGACAGAAUCCAAACACCGAAUUCUACAACGAUACCCGUCGCGGCGUGUUUGACACUGCGCCCGACCAAACACUUACUCUUCUCGUGGACCUCAAGACCGACGGCGCAAAGACGUGGCCCAAGGUUGUUGAGCAGCUCCAACCCCUCCGCGAACGAGGGUGGCUCACUCACAUCGCCAAUGGCACAAUACACGAAAGGGCCAUCACGGUCGUGGGCACGGGGAACACCCCUUUCGACCUCCUGACAGCAAAUGACACGUACCGCGACUACUUCUUCGAUGCGCCGCUAGACCGCCUCUCCGAGUCCCCAUACGACUCGACGAACUCGUAUUUCGCGAGCGUGUCAUUUGGAUCCACGAUCGGCAGCGCCUGGAUGGGCAAGAUGAGCAGGGAACAGAUCCGGAGGAUCAGGCUGCAGGUGAAGCAGGCGCACGCAAAGGGGUUGAAGGCGCGGUACUGGGACAUUCCGGAGUGGCCAGUCAGCACCCGCAACCGAAUCUGGGACCUGUUGGUCCAUGAGGGCGUUGAUUUGCUUAAUGCGGAUAAUGUAAAGGCCGCAGCCAAGCGGGGCUGGGAGUACUAG